GGCGGCCCCGUGUGGCAGGAGGAGAGCGAAACACGACACCCCGGCCGUGUAAGAAGGAGGAGGGGGUGCUGGAGAGAGAACACGAAGUGACUGAGUGGAAAAAGGAGAAAAAGAGGGGGCACAGAGAAAGAAGUGAGUUGGCUUUGGUACUUUUGUUUCUCCCCGAAGCGCGGCUGUUGUCAGGAGGAAGAUGCUGCCGCUGCCCCGGAGGACUCCAACAUGCGACACCGCCGCCGCUGCUGCAGCGAUAGGAGUGAAAAUUUAAACUCGCCACAUUCCGUUGCUCCAGAAGCGGCCAACGGCAGCACAGACUGACUCCUCCAAACUUUCACCAUUCAGCCGGACCGGACUGGAUUUCUCCCCCUCCUCCCCCACAGCUCCAGAGGCUUUGGGGCAACUUUACUGAUUUAAACCAGCAGCUUUCACAGUGAAUCCGUGUGUUUUAAACUCCAUUCGGGGUUUUUUUUCUCGGCUCUUUUUUUGGCUAGAACAACACCGGGGGGUGGAAGGAGUGCGGAGCCGCUGCUAACUCAGCUAAAAGCUACCGUCUGAAGUUCCCCGUCGACGGGAUUGGAGACGGAGGGAGCCGCCAAAGACUUCGACAAAGAUGAAAACCCCGGCAGAGACGGGGUUCGCCUUCCCAGAGUGGGCCUACAAGCCGGAGUCGAGCCCGGGCUCCAGGCAGAUCCAGCUGUGGCACUUCAUCCUGGAACUGCUGAGGAAGCAGGAAUACAACGACGUGAUCGCCUGGCAGGGCGACUACGGCGAGUUCGUCAUCAAGGACCCGGACGAAGUGGCCCGCCUGUGGGGCGCCCGGAAGUGCAAACCGCAGAUGAACUAUGACAAGCUGAGUCGGGCUCUGAGAUACUACUACAACAAGCGGAUCCUCCACAAGACCAAAGGGAAGAGGUUCACCUACAAGUUCAACUUCAACAAACUGGUGCUCGUCAAUUACCCCUUCAUCGACAUGGGCUCUGGUCGUGGAGUGCCUCAGAGUGCGCCCCCCGUCCCGACCGGAGGAACACAUUUCCGCUUCCCGCCCUCCACCCCGUCGGAGGUUCUGUCCUCCAGCGAGGAGCUGCGCAGCCCCGGCGUGUUCAGCACCGUGGCGCGCCGCAUGGCCCGCGGCUCCGUCAGCGACUGCAGCGACGGCACCUCCACCAACUCCGAGCUAGAGGAGGCGGCGGUGGCCGACGAGCGCGCCAUCGGGCCCGACCGGGCCUUCCGAGGGCUCCUCGCCCCCCGCCUGCCUCACGAGUCCCUGUUCAGGUUCUACGGGGGUCACCCGACCCCAGCGGGGUUACCCAGGCCUGCACCCAGGGUCCACCCCGACCCUCUGUCCCCGUUCCCCGUGUCCCCCCUGCCCGGGCCCGGAGGCCUGCUGUCCCCCGCCCUGUCCAUGACCCCCACCCCCCACCUGGCCUACACCCCGUCCCCCUCCUUGUCGUCCCCCAUGAUGGGCUCCCACUUCUCCUUCAACCCGGAGGACAUGAAGCACUACCUGCAGGCCCACACCCAGUCCGUUUACAACUACCACCUCAGCCCCCGGGCCUUCCUGCACUACCCCAACAUCAUCGUCCCCCAGCCCCACCGCCCCACCCUGGAGAAACCCGCCCCCCACCACCUGCAGCUCCCGCCCAUGCCGCUGCCGCUCGGCCAGCAGCCGACCGACGACGCGCACGCCUCGCCGUUCAAGUUCAAGCUGCAGCCGCCACCGCUCGGCCGCAAGCAGAGGGAGGCGGGGAGCUCGCUGGCCGCCGCCUCCUCCUCCAACCACGCUUCCUCGUUUACCGGCGCCGGUCCGAACGCCGGGUCUGCUGCGGGAGGAGCGCCGCCGAAGAUCAAGGUGGAGCCGGUCUCCGACCUGUCUGAGGAAGACGUGGAGGUGACCGACAUCAGCGAGGAAGACGAGAUGAACCCCAACAGCGAGGAAGAGGAGGGAGACAUGUUCCCCCCUCUUCCUCACAGCCGUCAUCAUACUCAUCUCCAUCUGAAGAACGGGAACGGCGGCAGCCCGUCCGCUCCUCAUCCAGAGGAAGACCCCGACGAUGACGAAGAGGUGUUCAAAACUCCCGCCACUCCGCCUCCUGGCGGCGCCGCCGCCUUCUCGCUGAUGGGCCUGAAGACCGAGCCGGGCCAGGCGGCGGCGGCGCCCGUCAGUCCCGGCGGAACCCGCUGCAUCCCGCUCAAACUGCGCUUCAAACGCCGCUGGAGCGAAGACCAGCGGAUGGAGGCGGACGGAGACCGGGACGAGGCGGAGGACAAGAAAGUGAGAGGAGAGGGAGAGGACCAGGAAGACGGGAAGAGAGAGGGAGAGGAGAGCGGCGGAGCAAGAGGAGUGAUCCUGGGCCUGAUGCUGCCGCCGGCGCCGACCCAACGCCGAGCGAGCUCCGAGCUGCAGAGAGCUACGGCGCAGCUGUCGCUGGAAAACGCCAGCUGCUGAAAAACAAACCCAACAUGGCAGGUUCUGCAGAUCCAGACGUUCAGCCAGAGCCGGAAAUCUGGCUUUAGUAAACGUAGCAGGUUUCAUAUAAUGUUUUCAAAAAACCAGAACCAACAGUUUUGUUCUUUGCUUUUAGCUGAACUCAUUUGGGUCGUUUGCAGGAAGAUUUGUGCAAUAAUUCACAAAUUCUGGCUUCAGUUACCUAAAUCAGGUGUCCAAAGUGUGGCCCGAGGGCCUUUUGUGGCACUCAAAGUGAUUUUGUGUGGCCCUCAACCAAAAUACAAAAAUCACACAAACUUGAUAGUCCAGCUCAGUGUUGGAGGUAUGCAGUUAAACAAAUCAUUUAAAAAAAAGAUGUGAAUUAAAGUCUCCUAAAUAUUAAAUAUGGAAUGUA